CCAUGUUCAAUGCCAGUCGACAUUUGCUGCCCGCGCUUAAAACACGCUUCGUAUAAAUUUAUUUAUAAGUUUUUUUUAAUCUGCCGCAAUGGCAUCCGCCUUCCUUAAGUUCAGUGCCAUAAUAUUGUUUCUCGGUAUUAAUGCUGGUUUAGCAGUAGACCAGCCCGUCACCGAGGUGUGUCUCGGCUGCCUCUGCCAAGCUGUGUCGGGCUGCAAACAGGGCCUACAGUGCGACGGCGACGCGUGCGGUCUGUUCCGCAUCACGUGGGCAUACUGGGCUGAUGCUGGCAAGCCUACUAUCGAUGGCAGCUCUCCCGAAGCACCUGGAGCUUACCCCACAUGCACUAACGACCCCGGCUGCGCCGCCAGAACUGUCCAGCUGUAUAUGAACCGAUUCGCUCAGGACUGUAACGGAGAUGGUCAAAUCGACUGCUACGAUUAUGCUGCUAUUCACAAACUUGGCGGCUACGGCUGCAAGGCAGACCUGCCAUUCAAGUUCCACAACACUUUCAACCAGUGCCUAGCAUACGUCGCUUCUUACCAGGGUUGAAGAUGCCACAGAUAUAAAAAAAAAUCUCCACAAUCUAUUAAAAGUUAAACAAAAAAAUUACUACACAUUUUAAGUGAUUUUAAAAUUCAUGAAUGAAAAUUAUAAAAAAAGACUGCAGAUAUAUUUCGAAAAUUGUAAAUUCUUUAUUCAUAAACAUUUUAGAAUUAUAUUUUAAUUUAAGGUCAAUAAAAAAUCGAAAGUAAAUAUUG